AUGGAUUUGGAGGUGGAGAUUAUCAGUGAAGACCCUUUCAUCGUAAAAGGUUUGAUUCCUAAAGUCGUCGAAACACAGAUUAUGGAAACCCUAACCUCGCAGCCUCCAAAAGAGGCGCGCGUUGGAGGUUCAACUUCUGGUUUAACAGCCAAAGAAAAAGCUCAAGUUGUUGGCAACUCGCGACUGAGAUCCAAUGCACAAGGGGAUUUUGUUUCUCUACGCGAAUCUACCCAACUUGCAUCUCCGGAGGCUAGAGUUACUGAUGCUUUGCGACUGGAUACCGACGCGCAAGGGGAAGUUGAUUCUCUAGCGCAAACAACUCAACUCGUAGUCCUGCCGAAUGAUGUUUUGAAUGAUUUCUCUGAGAUGAAUAAGACAGCACCGGUUAUGCAAGCAAAUAAAUUUGCGAUCCUGCAAAGUUGUGAUGAUAACGGCGAUGCGAUUGCUGAUAUUGUCCAGGAAAAUGCUGAUGAAGAUUUCGAUGAUAUUGAAAACGUAUUCACGGAAGUUAUCCCUGCAAACCAGUUGGUCCUUAUGGAAAAUACAGAUACGAAAAAUGCAGCUAAUGAUGGUCAGGACCCUAAACUUUUUUAUCCAGAUGAUUCUUUGGCUGUGGAUCUACUAGUUUCAGAUGAUGAUAAUGAUGCAUAUGAAGAAAGUUGGUUAGAAGGGGAUAAGGACACGCGUGUCUUGGCUGGGAAUGCGCAAGGGGAAUUAACAACCAAGAAGAGGCGCGGCCGCAAAAUGAAAGAUGAGCGCGCUAAGCUUAUAGCUGUGUAUGCUAAAUCUAAUAAGGUGGAAAGGCGAUAUCUAUGGGCGACUUUGGAAACUUUUAGAAGUACACAUGUAUCUCAGCCUUGGGUUGUUGGAGGGGACUUUAAUGUUAUACGAUCUCUUGAUGAAUACUCCGGGAAUUCAGUUCAAGACUAUGGAGCCAUUGACGAGUUUAAUCAAUGCAUUGAAGAGAAUAAUUUGAUGAAAAUACCAUCGGUGGGCGAUGAUUUUACUUGGGGUGGUACGCGUGCUACCAGUUGGGUUAGCAAGAACUUAGACCGUAUUCUUUUCUCUUCGGAGUGGAUGGAUGUUUUUCCUAAGGUUUCCAUUGAGCUUUUGAGCUUUACUACAUCUGAUCACUCCCCUUUGCUGCUUCAAUUUGAUGCUCAACUUGAGUCUAAGCCAAGAAGUUUCAGAUUCCAGAAAAUGUGGCUUCAAAGAGGAGAAUUUAAAGAUCUUGUUCAAUAUAAUUUGUCACAGCCGGUUUGGGGUUCUGGAAUGCUGGCUUUUUCCUUGAAGCUUCGUAGAUUGAAGCUAGCUUUAAAGGAAUGGAACAAAUUGCAUUUUGGUGAUGUUUUUCAAAAUCUGAAAUUGGCGGAGGAUAAACAUCAAAAGCAACAAGUAUUCUUGGAAAAUUUGAAUGAUGAUUUGAGCUUGGAGGAUAAGCACAUGCUUGUAAGGCUGGUUACUAUGGAGGAAGUCAGGGCUGCGGUUUUCAAUCUUGAUGAGGAUAGUGCGCCUGCUGAGGCAAUGUCAAGGAAGCUAAACGAUUUAGUUCGGAAGAAUAAAGUGGCUGCCUAUGGUACUCCAGCGGGUUCCAUGAAAGUUUCACAUCUAAGUUUUACAGGUGAUUUGAUCAUUUUUACAAGGGGUGAAGCUCGACAGUUGAAGGAGCUAAAUAAGUUUUUGGAAGCCUAUGAAAUAGCUUCUGGACAAAGAAUAAGCUGCAACAAAAGUUUCUUUUUGGUGCCAGAAUCUUGUAGUGCAUUUCGGGUUGAAGCAAUCAAAAGAGUUUUGACUAUGACUAAGGGCUCUUUUCCUUUUAAAUGUCUUGGUUGUAAUCUAUUUUGCGGAAGGAGUAGAGCAUCUCAAUUCCAGUUUCUAUUAGAUUCUUUAGACUCCAAGAUUGCAAGCUGGAAAAACAAGUUUCUAAGCUCGGGUGGAAGAUUGAUUCUCUUGCGACAUGUUCUUGCAGCGAUGCCUAUACAUGUUUUGUCGGCUAUUUCGCCCCCCCCCAUGUCGGUCUUGAAGGAAAUGGAGAAAAGAUGCCAAAGGUUUCUAUGGCAUGGUUCAAAUGACGAAAAGCGAAGACAUUGGAGAUCUUGGGAUCGAUUGGCUCUUCCUAUUUCAGAGAAUGGUCUAGGGCUGCACAAGGUUGAGAAGGUUGACAUGGAGGCGUUGCAAUGCUCGAAGGUUCUGGAUAUUCUAGCCCCAGAAGUAAUGCGGUCAUUGAAGUAUACAGCUGAAACUCUAGAGACAGGCCGUGAUUCCUUGAUAUGGCAACUCUCCUCUUCGGAAAAUUUGAGUAAGUUUGGAAUACAAGUUUUGCCAUCCAUUUGCCUCUCAUGUCAAGAUCAUGGUGAUUCAGUACUCCAUUGUUUUCUUGAAUGCAUGGCAAGCAAGGAGAUAUGUAAGUUUUUCUUUAGCUUAUUUGAAAUAUCAUGGCGGGAUGAAGUAAACUUGCUUGCCAUUAUUCAAGAAUGGUGGAAGCGCGGUUGCUUCUCCUCAGCCCGCAAAUCUUUGAUCAAGAUUGCUCCGUCUUUCAUUCUUUGGGAGAUUUGGAAGAUGCGGAACAAAAUGCUUUUUGAUGGUGAGACUUUUAGUUGUGAAAGGGUGAUCUCCGCAAUAAAGGUGGACUUAUGUAAUGUCUUAGUAACUCAUGAAUGGAAGGCCUGGACCUUGGAUGAGCGAGAUUGGAUUGAAAGUAUUUUUGGCUUCCAACUUCAAAAUGUAAUGGUAUAUAGGUGUAUUUCUGUUAUUAGGAAGGCUCCGGAACAUAGUGAGUAUGUGCUUAAUACGAAUGGCUCUAACAUCCAUUCAGAUUCAGGUUAUGGAUUUUGCAUUAGGAGGAAUAAUGGAGGCUUUAUAUAUGGUGAAAGUGGUUUUAUAGGGGAUGGAGAUAGCUUUGGUGCGGAGGUAUAUGGUGUGCGUUUUGGGGCAAGGAAAUGUGACCAACUGGGUUUGCAAAGGGUGGCCAUUCAAACUGAUAAUGAAUCCUUAGUUCAUAUACUUGGUGAUAUGAAGCAUGUGCCAUGGAAGUAUCAUUUCCAGUUAAUGGAGAUUCAUCAUAUAAUUGAGAGGCAAGAUUACACAAUUUCAACACAUAUUUCGAGAAGCCAACUCAGUGGCGGAUAG